GGCUGUCUGAUGUCAGCUGAGACUCUGAUAAGACUUCCAAUGUUCACUUUCAAAGUUCAGCUGGAACACAGGCUGAGUCCUUGGGUUUGGAGACUCGUUGACAUCACUGAGAUUGACGCUUGGACCUUCAAGAGAAGAGACUUUCUGACAGCCCUGCUCCACUCCACCUGACCCUAUGACUGGAGGGUUCACUGUAGCUCCAUCCUUUGCUCUCCAGUUCCACAAGAUGGGUUCGUUCAGAAGGCCCCGACCUCGCUUCAUGAGCUCUCCAGUCCUCAGUGACCUGCCGCGGUUCCAGGCAACCCGGCAGGCUCUGCAGCUCAGCUCCAACUCUGCUUGGAACAGUGUUCAAACAGCAGUGAUAAAUGUGUUCAAAGGGGGAGGCUUGCAGAACAAUGAACUUUACACCCUCAAUGAAAAUAUCAGACGGCUGCUGAAGAGUGAACUUGGAUCCUUCAUCACAGAUUACUUUCAGAACCAGCUCCUUGCGAAAGGCUUGCUGUUUAUAGAGGAGAAGGUUAAGCUGUGUGAAGGUGAGGAUCGCAUUGAUGUCCUGUCUGAAAUCUGGGAUCACUAUUUUACAGAGACUCUUCCUACGCUCCAGGCAAUAUUCUACCCAGUCCAGGGUCAGGAGUUGACUAUCCGUCAGAUUGCUCUUCUUGGCUUCAGAGACUUGGUCUUGCUAAAAGUAAAGUUGGAAGAAAUUCUUCCUCUGGUCCAGACAAAGCUCCCAGCUUCCAUUGUCCAGAUGCUGUUAAUUCUGCAGAGUGUCCAUGAGCCUACUGGCCCCAGUGAGGGCUACGUACAGCUGGAAGAACUGGUCAAGCAGGUGGUAUCGCCGUACUUGGGUUUGUGUGAGGAUCACAGCUUCUCUGGUAGCACCUGCUUGCUUGAGAGACGGUACUCCAGAUCCCGUCCUAAGACUGGUGUACUGAAUUAUUCAUCUCACGUGGUGACGAGCCGGCAGCCCAGCGAGAUGGCCCUGACCCCACUGACAGAGCAGGAGGGUGAGGCUUACCUGGAAAAAUGUGGUAGCAUCCGUCGCCACACUGUUGCCAAUGCUCACUCAGAUAUUCAGCUCCUGGCAAUGGCCUCCAUGAUGCACACAGGAAUGGUGAUUGAGGAGUCAGACAGUACCGACAAAUGCCUUCUCCUGCAGCCCAGUUUUAGCCACAGGCAGUGCUCCAGUGAGCCCAAUAUUGCCGAUGGGCCAGAGGGAGUCAUGGCAGAAGGACUUGACAAGCCAAACUCAUGGACUUCACAUGACACCUUUGCCUGACACCCUGCUGCUGUGUGAGCAGUCAGUGAGAGGAGUAUCUGCUGCUGAAGACAGAAGGGAAAACCAACAGAUAACCAACACUGGUCUGUAGCAGAGGAGUCAGGACUCUGCAGAAAACAAUCAUCUUCUCUGCAGAUCAGGUGAGAUAAGGCAAGAGGAAAUGAAAAAAGAGAGAACAGGAGAAACAAGGACAGUUCCAUCUGUGGGUGGUUUUUUUUGUUUUUGUUUGUGAACUGGAAAAGACUGCAGAAGUAGCACAAACUCU